AUGCAGGGCGCGAGCAGCCUUGCUUCAAACUUCGCCAGCUCACUGAGGCUGUCUUGCAGCAUCAAAGCGGCGUUAGCGGAUUUGGUUGUGCAGGUGCUGAUCGAGCGUCGAGAGAAGCUUGACAAGCAGAGGAACUUCCUGUUCAUGGCGUUUGGAGGACUCGUACAGGGAGGUUUCCAGUAUUUCCUCUGGAACGUCAUUUUCGAACGAAUAUGGCCGGGAAGAAGCAAGCUCGCCAGCUUCUGCAAGUUGGCUGCUACUAACUUCAUCUCCGACCCGUUCUUCCUUUUUCCCUCUUUCUAUGUCAUGAAGGAGGCUGCAAAGGCACAGACAACCAGCGAAGCACUGGCUGCAGCAUUCACGAAGUACCGUGCAAACUGCGUCCAGGACUGGAUGAUGAGCUGGAUGGUUUGGCUACCAGGGCAUUACGUGACUUACUUCUGGCUACCGCUCCACUUGCGAGUGCCCUGGGUGGCCCUGGCAUCCUUCAGCUACAUCGGUGCCCUCAGCUACGUCAGGGGUGGCUCUGUGGAUCAGACCAACUCCUGA